AUGCAACAGCAAGCUUUGAAUAAUGAGCAGUUUUCAAUGCUACUAGAGCUACUGAAGAAGCAGGGAUGCGAUGAGACGUUAAGCAUAUUUAUGAAAGAGUUAGAGGAUCAAACAGGUCAUAAUAAAUGCCAGACUAAUAGUGAAACUAAUACUUUCAUUCACUCAAAACCUUUAGAAUAUAAUAAAGUUUAUUAUAAUUAUUCCAGAUUUAAAGAUUGGGUUAUGAAUUCACUGGAUAAUACUAGAGAAGAAUUAUUUGAAGUAUGCUAUAUUGUAUUUGUAUAUAUAUACUUAGGAUUAUUGAAGUCUAACUUAGAAAAAAGUAAAGAGUUUUUUAAUACAUUUAGUGAUGAUUUCAUGUUAACUAGAUAUCGAUCUGUAUUAACUGAAAUGAGAAAUUUAACAAGUAUAGAUCAAUUAGAAUAUUCAGAAAUAACUAGACCUUAUAGAAAAUCCAAAUUCCAUAUAAUAUUAAGGCCUCUUGUUGUUUCACUAUUGGAGUCAUUUCUAAUAUCCUCUAAGGAUAUAUUAAUCUUGAGUAUUUUACAAAGUAGAUUAAUUAUCCAUUUCAGUAAAGAAUCUCUUGGUACACAUAAUAAUAAUGGAAGUCCCACCAAAAAAUCCUGCAAUUUAGAACGCAACUCAAUUGGUAAGAUUAAUUAUAUUAAAACUAUUGGUACGGUCAAAGUAGGUGAACUAUAUACUCAAGAUAUGUUAGAAAUGGAUAUACAAAUAAAUACACAUACUAAGGAGAUAGAUAAUGAAAUACCUACUCUAGACAACUCAAAUAAUGAAGAUAUGUUUGGGAAAUCUAUUGGAAUAAAUAAUAAUAUAAUAAUUUGGGGAUUAUUUCCUGAGUCCUAUAAUGAAGGGCAAGUCAAAGAAGCAGGUCUAGCAACUAAGAAGUUAGAUAAUUCUCGUUUAGAUGGUGAAGUUACAGAAGAGCUCAGAGAUCCAAUGGAGUUCAAGAAUUUGAUUAUUCCUGGUGCUAAUAGUAUUUAUUUGAAUGAAUACAAACGGGAUUUAUUGAUCCAAAUAGCUAAUAGAGUAGAAUUAGAUAAUCAGAAUCUACCCAGUAUUAUCUGCAAUACAAUAAGGCAUCCUCAUAGUGAAUAUAUCACUGAUAUGGAUGUAUCGCAUAAUAUGGAAAUUGGAGUUUAUUGUACAGAAGAAGGAUGUGUGCAAGCAUACAAUAUAAAGCAAAUGUGUCUGAAUAAAAAUUCAGAUGCAAAUCUUACAAAGAAACAUUUUAACAGAACUACGGAAAGUGUUGAUGUUAUAGAUCAAGAAGCUAGUGAUUCAAAUCCUUUAAAUUUAAAAAAUAACUUAACUUGUUGGUUACAUAAAGGCAGAGUACAAGCAACUAGAUUUAAUCCAUGGAAUUCAACACUACUUUUAUCUUGUGGAAUUGAUAGUACUGUAAAACUCUCAAUGAUUCUUGAUAAAAAUGAAAAAUUAACGUGCUUAGCUAGCUACAAGGGUCAUAGUAAUGGAUCCUGUAUAUGGGAUAUACAGUGGGACAAAUUUGGAAUAUCCUUUGUUUCUUCUGGUGGAGACAGAACAGCUAGAUAUUGGUGUACUGGGAGAACAUUUCCACUUAGGAUAUUUUCUGGGCAUUUAGGAGAUGUAUAUACUUGUUGUAUACAUCCUAAUAACUGUAUCAUAGGAACAGGCAGUAAUGAUGGUACUGUCUGUAUUUGGGAUGUAAGAUCUAGUUCAAAAGUUGGUAUUAUUAACAAAUCAGUAGAUAUUAAUGGUAGUGUAAACUGCCUUAAAUUCAGUCCUAAUGGCCAAUUUAUUGCUUUUUCUUCAUUUGAUUUGGAUUCUUUAGCGCUAACCAAAAGUAAUGUUAGCACAAAAAUUUCAAUACAUGAUAUUAGGAAGAUAAACUCAAAUGAACCAUCAAGUAAGUUAUGUGAGUUAAAUUUAGAUAGUUUAUCUUAUGUAAAAUCUUUAGACUUUUCUUAUGGGAGUAAACUUUUAGUAGCUGGGACUAGUGAUGGAGUUAUUGGACUGUGGGAUACAAAGGGUAUGGAUUCUCAGGUUUUAAACAUUUAUAAAUUACGAUCUUCAUAUAUAAAGAGUGUUAAGUUCCUUCAAACUAAUAUUUUGACAAUUUCAGCCAUUUCUUCUGAACCUUUAUAA